UUUUACGUAUCGAAAGAAAUGGUCCUUCCAGGUGAACAAGCCCCUCAAUUCAAAUGUGAAGCCGUAAUGGCUGACGGUAGCUUCGGCACCGUUGAUCUAGCUGACUAUAAAGGAAAAUAUGUUGUGCUCUUCUUCUGGCCAUACGACUUUACCUUUGUCUGCCCCACCGAAAUAAUCGAAUACAACAAACUACACAAGGAAUUAAAAGAAAAGAAUGCCGUAAUUUUGGGAUGCUCAUGUGACUCCAAAUUCGUUCACGCGGCUUGGAGAAACACUGAAAUUAAGAAUGGUGGUAUCGGAAAGGUUGAUUUCCCUCUUCUCGACGACCACAGAGGCGAGAUCGUCGAUGCUUUCGGUUGUCGUGACAAAGUUGAAGGUGUACCGCUCCGCGCUACCUACAUCAUCAACCCUGAUCAGACUGUUCGCCACGUCGAGAUCAGCGACUUAUCUAUUGGACGUUUAACCAGCUCUGUUGUUCGUGUAAUUGAAGCCGACAAGCACGUCACUAAGCACGGUGAAGUCUGUCCCGCUAACUGGAACAAAGACAAACAAUCCAUGAAGCCCACUAGAGAAGGCGUUCAGGAGUACUUAACUAAACAUUUAGUUUAA